AUAUCUUCUACGGCAGGUACGAAGCGAUUUGUCAAAUAGAAUCAAACUACAAUCCAAAGCCUAGACAAAGCUUAGCGUCUUUUGCUUUAGUUUGCCGUUUUGAUUUUGUCGCACGUGCAAGCUAAAAACAUAGGAAUAGGAAUGUUUGCUCUCGUUCGAUUCCCGAACGAGUUCGGUGAUAAGGUUUAUGUCGUGCCGACUGUUAACAUAAAAGAUUUCUACCCGUCCGGCGAUACAGAUUUCGAUCCGGGGGCUGUUUACCAAGCCUUUUGGAAAGACCCCGCGGGAGCGAAUACAGGUUUCUACUCUGCUCAAAUUUUGGUGAUGGCAGAAACUGAAGAGGGCCUUGAGGAAAAAAGGUCGGCCAAACGGCUCCGAAAAGCAAAAGUAUACGCUUCAGAAUAUGAAGCCGAAGAGGACGCUGACGAACCCGUGCCCUCAUCUGCAGUCGCAAGAAAGGAAAGACAGGAAAAGAAGACUCGCAAGGGAAAUCAGCAGGCCGCAAAAGGCAGUGCCUAUGCCGAAAUUUUAAGAGAGCAGAUAGAAAGCUCUAAAAGGAAAAAUGCGGAAGCUGCUGGCCACCUUGACGCACAGGCACCAAAGAAGAAACGACUGGAGAUCACAUCAGAGAGCGACACGGAUGACAGUCUUGUGGUCCCUCCGUUAUCACAGCUUCAGCUAAAACAACAGGAUGCAAGGCACUGGCACCAGCGUUACAAGGAGGAACACAAAGAAAAUGCCAGGCUGCACGGCAUUAUUGCUUCAAUGCAAAGCUGCAUUGAUGAAAAACUUGAUACAAUACAGCAGCUUCUUGAGGCACAGGUUCAGGCUCCGCCAACAGAGAUCUUCAAACCCAGUCAUGACUUUGCACCGCGAGGAAGUCCUUCCUCGAAAGCACCAGACACCGCAGAUGUCAUCAUGGAAGCCAGCACCAGCUUUGCCAUUUCCAAAACUGUUCCUGCUAAUGGUGCUACUGUGGGAGCCAGUGCCAGGACAAAACUAUCCAACCCAACUAGUCAGCGGCGGCCCCUGUCCACUGAUGUUGCGGAGUACAGUGGGCCAAGAAGUGCACCACCCUUCAGCACCUUGGACAGUGGCAGGUUCCACCUCAAGGGAGGUGUAACUAUCAGGGAGGAUCAAAGACAAACCAUUUUUAACAACACAAGGGCAGCAAAAGUGGCUAAAGAUACAGCCCAGGCACUCUGGGGUUCUGAGAAGCUCUCGCAGAGAACCUACGGAGGGCGACUGGCACCAAAGGAUCGCAGGAAUCCUGGUGCCAUAGCAAGAAAGGAGUUGUCUCCAGAAAAAGUUGCCCUUGUCUUUGAAACAGUCACAUACUGGGGUCAAACGAAGAAAGUGGAUGUCAGCAGUGCUCUGGUCAACAUGAAUACCAUCUUGUCCGAGAAAAUUCAAGAUACGAGGAAGGCCCUCAAGCGCAUCGACCUUUCUAAAAGUGUCCAGACAUAGUCUGUUCUAUAGGUUAAGAGCAGGGGAAGUUCCUCUCCACCUCCUGCCACUUUAGCAGAAUGAAUUCUGGAGAGGAGGUUGCUUCCUCUCCAGCAUUCACUCUGUUAAAGUGAAAAGAGGUGGGGAGCUGCUUCCUGGCUGAACUCAAUCUGUCACCUUUGCCACAGAGAUUUCAAUAAACUAUUAUAUCAUAA